AUGCCCCCAAAGCGGAAACACAUUGACACAGAUGUCAACACAACAUCUGAAGCUCCGAUCAACGGCAGCAAACGACAUCGACCUCCCAAAGGAGGACCCACUCAUGCAGCCACCGCUCCUACUGAGACACCAUCUGAGCGGGCUACUUGGAGGUCCCAUGAUGAGGCAGAGCUCAUCCACCAUCUUCUUGAAGUUAAGCGCGCAGGUGGUACUUCUAAUAUUGGCUUCAAGGACAAGGUCUGGAAUGGUGCCUCAGCGCACUUACUUGAGCAGUGUGGGACAGUCUUCAAGCCUAGUGCAUGCAAGAACAAAUAUGGCAAGUUAAAACAGAUAUAUUGGGCAGUCAAACGGCUCUCGGAACAGUCAGGCUUCCCCUGGAGUAAUGAAAAUGGUGCUGAUCUAGGACCGGAAGAGGAGCAAUUAUGGAUUGAUUUUGUUGCGGAGUGGCCUCUGGCUGCUCCAUUCCGUCAAAAAGGGUGGCCACUCUUUGAUGAGAUGGCAGAGAUUAAUCCUAAGUGCGCAACUGGACGCCAAGCAUUCCGCGCAACCAAGAUGCCGGAGCCUGAAAGCGAGGACACUGAACCCACUGCUGAUGAACCAAAGGAUGCUGACAAAACCGAGAAUUGGUCAUGUACCCCCUCCCCUGAAUGA